GUCACUGUCAUAGAAAAUAAAAUUAUUUGUGUUGGUACCUGUAUUCAAAACUUCAUGAUUGCAGCAUAAAAAACUUAUGUUUCACCUUAAAAAUUAUUUCGUGGGUUAACAACUUCUUUUUUAAUUAGUGAUGAUUAACUUAUCAGUUAUAAAUUGAUUAUAAAUGGUUUAAAUGACUCAAAAUAAAUUAGUUGAGUCAGUUAUGGAUCUGCAUACUAAGCAGAGACAAUUUUCUGGGCAAUUGUACAAGUACACAAAUGUAAUGAAAGGCUGGCAAUAUAGAUAUUUUUUAGUAGACGCAAACGCAGGUCUUUUACAUUAUUAUCUUUGUGAAGGAGAAAAACCAGAUGGAACAAUACCUAGAGGAUCCGUUCAUUUAGCUGGAGCAGUGAUUUGUCCAAGUGAUGAGGAUUCUAAAACAUUCACAGUUAACUGUGCUUCGGGUGAUAUGUUAAAAUUAAGAGCAACAGAUGCUAGGGCAAGACAGGAAUGGGUUAAUGGUUUGAGAGCUGUGGCUGAAUCACAUACAAAGGCUAUAAGUGCUAACAGUCCUCCGUUACCUCCUAGGGAACAAUUGGCAGUAUUAGAUGCUCUUGGAUGCGUAAGAUCGCAAUUACAGCAAACUGAACAAGCAGAUUUAGCUCUUUGCAGAUCUAUCGAAUCUGCUGGAAGCAAAUAUUUCAUCGAUCCAAACUUGCUGCUACUAAAAGCUACAUCGGCGGCGUCUUUGCAUUGCCUUACGCAAUGUAUGAAUAUCCUACAGAGGAAUCAACAUGCUCAACAGUCAAGAACAGGGUUUGUUAUAGAUGAUGAUUAAUAUACUCUUCUUAGGCAAUGUCUCGAUGUAUUCAGAUGUGUACUUGGUAUACCUAGAUGUUGCUUAAAAUAAGUAGAGAAACAAUAGACUCGCUGUGGUAAUGUUGUACCUGGGUAGCUAGAUAUCGAAAGAACAACACUGUUAGUUUACUUUUACCAAUCAAUUAGUAUCUACCCUGUUUCUAAUACUGUAAACCAUAUGAACUACACUCCAUUAACUUCAUUUCUAUAAUUGCAAAAGAUUGUUAAAAUCUAGCAUUUCCCGUACUUCUUUUAUACCUAAAAAAUUUUUAGCACUUUUUCACUUGUGACUUGUUUAAAGUUUCUAUGCCUGAAAAAUGACUUGUAAGCAGUCCUUGUAAGGCUAUAUUCAUCUUUAAUGGGAUAAUUCCGAUGAGGUUUUUCCAUUGAAACUGUAUAAAUUUUUUUAUGCUAUAAUUUAAACAAAGCAUCAUUAUCACAUGUUAAGUUUGUUGAAAAUUAUUCCUUCAUUCAUAUAAUUGAAAAUUUUCUGUUAAAAGUAGAACAUCUUUGAACUCAUCAGCUUUUAACCUAAGGCAAUCAAUUGUAGCAAAUUUUUUCUUCAAUUUUUGCAAAGAAACUUUGAAAACUUAGAAAAAAUUUUAUACACCUGGAUCUUGUGUUAAAAGUGUUGAAAAUAUUUGAAAACUUCUUGGAAAAAAUUGAAUCCCUUAAAAAUAACUUUCAACAUAUCAAGUAUUUCAACGAUCUAUGAAGUUGGUUCGCCAAAAGAAUGAAUAUAAAUCGGACAUUUGCCUAAAAACCUUAUUUUCUAAUAUUAAUUACUAAAACCACCUAUGAAAUUGUAGAUUGCUUUUCAUUUUCAUGAACUGAAUAUUAUAAAAUUAUUUACAGUAAUUAGGAUGGAAAGUGUUACAUUUGAUAAAAUAAUUAGAGAGUUGGACACUGCAAAACUGUGAAUUUUGAUAAUACUAAAUACAGUGAACGAUAAUAUCUCAAUAUCUUGUACAUUUUGAUAACAUUUCAUAUUAUAAAGCAAAUCUCACUAUCUGCUUACAAUCUAUCAAUGUAAAUUUAAAAAGAAAGUUACAAUACUUUCCUUUCAACUGGAUUUCCAUUCUACUCCUGAACUACCCUAAAUCACUGUAGUUUGAUUAACAUUGAAAUUGAUCAGUACCAAAAAAAUUUCGGGAGGUGUUUGGUCAACAGUUUCAUUAAAAAGCACUUUUAUUUUUCUGGAAACUUGUAUAUGGGAAUUUUGUAGGAAGCUUGUUUUAGUUUUAAAUUGGACGGGUAAUUAUUAACCCAGGCUAGUGUACUCUACACCAGCGAUACCAACGUUUGCUGAUGAUACAGCCAUUCUGGUUAUUGGAAAAGACCAAGAAGAAACUGAUAUGGAAUUACAAACAUCCAUAUACUUGAUUAACAUCUGGACUAAUAGAUAAAGUAUCAAUUUGAACAAAAACAAAUCUGCUCAUGUUAACUUUACGAACAUACGAAAAUAAAAAAUCAUUAAAAAAACUCCAAAUAAUUAUAAGUGCUCACAAAUUGUGUAAUUCACUUUUUUUAUUUUUCAAAUUGUAAUCUAUUUUUUUCAAAAACUGAUGGAUUCUAUGCUAAAAUAUAAGGGUUCAUGCUUACAAAUUUUCUUAAGAGUUAAGAAUAUUGUAACAUACCGGGGUUUUAACUAUCCAUUCUAGAAAUGAAGGUUGAAAACAUUUUAUUAAUUUUUUAUUAAAAAAUCAAUAAUUUUCAUUUUAUAAUAGAGACAAUGUAUGAUCGAGAACACCAGAAUAGAUUCAUAAAUAUUUAGUGAAAUUUAAAAUCAAUAUUUGGACUUCAAAACAAAAAUGAACUUAGUCUGGAAAGGGGCUGAGCUAUAAAAGCUAUACUAAUUGUAAUUUUUUGCAUUACUACAAAGUAUUAUAAAAUGAAAUUUAUUGUUUUGUAAAAAGUAAACAAAGUCUUUAUUGUUAUACUAGAUCACACAAUAUCUGUAUCAAUUUCCUCAUCAACAAUAAUGUUUUCAUCUUUAUUAUUGAGAUCUUUGAUUUCAUUGUUGUGACCUUCGGCUUCUUGGUUUUCCAAAUUUCUAUAAAAUUUUAGCGUCUAGUGGUUUUUCCACCCUUGUCCAAAGUACUUUAUUAGCAGCUUGGCAACAUCGUUUAUUUUUGCAGCAUUAAGGCUAACCCUCUGGUUGAUGGCUUUUGGGUUUAUGUGAGACAUAUUAAAUUUUGGUUUUGUGACAGAUUUUGCUUGACAAGUUUCAGUUCUAUAAAAGACUUUACCCUGUACCAGAAUGUUUUUUUCUUGUUCUUUUUUAGCAUAAUCCUUUUUGAUGGAUUGAACUUGAAGUGCCACAAGUUCGGUUUUUUUUGCACUAUUUCGGAUUCAGAAUUCCUUUGUUUAACCGGAACAGUGAUUCCAACAUGAUGAAUGGUUUCAUGUUUCACUAGAACUUCUUCAUGCUCUUCCGACUUAAGAAUAGUGUCCUUCUUUUUCAAAUCUUUCUCAAUCAAUCCAAACAACCUGUGGAAAAUGAGCAUAAAGGGUAAACAAUUCGCAGAGGAUCAUGGGUUGGCGGAUUUGCCUUUGGACUUUGCGGAUAUUGCAACUAAAUCUCAACUCUAACUUCAAAAUACACUAGGAUAUGGCGGGAUUUGAUACAAAAUAACAGUUGUAAUGAAUACAGUAUGGAAAAAUCUAUAAGAAACAAUAUCAAACCCAACUUCGAAAAAAUAUGAACUUUGCGGUUUUUGAUUCUAGGACCUCAUAUACUCACCUUACAUCCUGUGAAACUGUUCAUCACUAAUGUCUUGUUCACAUUUCUUGUAGAUGUGGUGGUGAAUGACUUUUAGAAACAUCUUUAGCAUGUGCGACAUUAAAAUAAUAAGUCUCAAGCUAUCACAUUUCUUGGCUUUGUUUUUCUUGGGGGGGUGGAUGGUAGGAUGGGUGAAAAAACUGAUGUCAGCCAAUCUGGUCGAAUGAUUCCACUUUCAUAUAUCUGGUUGAAUAGUUUAAUGAUAAAGUUCAAAUUCUUCUCUUAGUUUUAUGACUUCUGUGUGUAUGUUAUCAGGUCCAGAAGCUUUUCCAGCUUUGUAAGGUAUACUUAUAAUUGUGUGAGGAGCCUGUAGAAAGAUGAAAUUCGAAAAUGGUAAAAAUUGGAGAUUGUGCCUUCUUGCUUAGGACGGCAGUUCACUAUUUACAGUUUUGCAGAGUCGCUAAUUUUUUGUUGUGUAUAAGCAGAUAGUGUAACAUUCAUCCUAUUUUUUAUGAUGUAGUUUUAAUUUUCCAUUAUUAUGUAAUUUGGUGAUCAAAUAACUAUUUUUUAUUACUAUUAACAAAAAUUUUAACAAAUAAUUAUCAGACAUGUGUGUCCAUAAUUACGAUUUUUAGUUUGCAUGAUAUAGAGUAACUACUUGAGGCUUUUCACAAAACUUAACUUCUUUUUUUUUUAACUAAAAAGUGUCGGUAGUGCAAAAUUUAAAUCAUCAUUUAGUAGUUAAAAUUUAUAGGGAUUAUUAUUUAAUUUGUUUCUACUUUGGGUAAAUACGAACACCAAGUGAGGUAAUACGAACUAACAUUAUUAACGACAGGGAUCACAUUUAUAAAAAAUGUUGACUGAUCAUCGAUACAAUCCAUUUUUUGCACAUGAAGAACAUACGAUGAUACUUCCAGAAGUACCUGGCCCAACAAAGAUAACAUAAAACUUUUGGAGCCAUUUUUUCAAGUCUGAGGGGUGUAAAUCUGGCUAAUAGGGUGCAUUAGGUAGCAAUUCGAAUUUUAAGUCAUUAGUUUUGGUCAUUUCAAUAAAGGAUGUAUUAGCUGGUGAAAUAACACUUUCUUCAGAUGGAUGAUCGCUAAUGAAGGGAUACCUAUUUUAUUACAAAAUGCUGAACUUUUUCUUUAAGGAUGGGACCUCUUAUUGCUACCUUUUUGUCUCGGGACUGUUUUAAUCACUUCAACACACAUUCUUCUACGACUUUGAAAUAGGAUGAUUUUAAUUUUCUACUGUUUAUUGUCGAACGACUUUCUUCAGAAAAUUUAUGUUUAAAUAUUAAAAUUGUAGCCAAUAUAUUUGCGGGAAUUUCACACUUAUUAGCGUCGUAGGAGUUUCGUCAAUUUAAUUGAUAAUUUUUCGCUUUUCUGCUAUUUAUAAGGAACACUUUUAACGUUUCUGAGCCAUUACAACUUGAAUUUUAAAUAAUAGUCAUGAGCAGCAGGAUUUACAUUGUUCUACAUCGAGUAAAAAUCUUGUUGGGAAAGGGUGUCGAUAUACUGUAGAAUUGAGGGUCGUAAAUUGGUGGCAAGGUUAUAUUUUGGUUUGAAAAAUUCGUUGAUGAUUCCUUAAUAGUUGAAAAUUCGUUAUAAAAAGGUUGUUCGCAUUCUUUUACCCUUAGGCCUUAUCAAUACCGCAGAAAAUACUGGGUACAGAGGGAAUGUCGGAUCCAUCCAUACCUAAGUCAAAUUGUGAACUCUAGACUGUUCGUAGCAGCACAAAAACUGUUGUGGACGGAUAGAACGCUUAUAGCUUUUUCUCGAUAAAAAGCUGUUUUUCCACGUCCCCAAAAAUUUGAGGUUUAGUUCAUGGUGACGUAUAACCGAUUGCAAAUUAGUUUCAUUAGAGUCAACUCGUGUGCGGCUCUCAGCUGUUAUGCAUUGCGAAACCUUUGCAAGAUCAACUGGUUUGCAACCUUCGUUUUAAAACGGUUGAAACUUGGGCGAUCGGCCUUACAGACAAUUCAAGGGAAUUAUGAAGAAUUUGUUAAAUCGAAAAAGUCUUUUAUUCAGGUUGCACUUUAUAUAUGAAAAUAUUUGGCAUCUUAUAGUUACGUUAAAUAAAAUAAUAAUGGAGAAGUUUUUAUAAAUCAAUUUUUUUUCCAUAUCAAUCAAUAAUAAACUUUUUGUAUUGCAACCAAAAAUCGUAGUUAUGUUUCCGAAUUGGGUAUAUUAAAAAUCAAUUGGAGAGUAUUGAACGUUGCGCUUUUUCAAAAUUCUUAACAAAUUUUAUUUUCGAAAAUAAAACGAUUCUAAAAGUUGUAAAGUUGUAUGCAACUUUAUAUAUACAAGAUAUGACCUGAGUAAUUUUGACCAAUGUAUAGUCUAAUUAAAUUACUUAUAGUACGACAGCUACGGGGGGUCCGGUAGCCGUUUCAUACUCUUCUCAGUCUUAGAGCGUUCCUAUGUUUUUUGAAUUGAUUUUUCGAAGGUGCCGAGUCCAAAUUUGGUCGAGUAAUAUGUUAUAAACAAUUUAAUUGUUUAUAAAGCUAUAACUCUUGAACAAAGAGAGUAUGAAAAAAAGUUUCAAAUAAAAAAGAUUUGUUUUAAAAAGGUUUACAAAAAGAUUUCUAUGAUAUUUUGCAAAAAAUCAAUAUUUAAAAAGUUAUCGUCAAUAUAAUGCAAAAUUGAUGUUAUUUCUCACUUUAUGGGUCAUUACUUGGUUCCUACAUGAUCUAUAAGGAUUUUAAACGUUAAAGUUUAAGUUUCGAUUCCCGGUUUUCAUUCAGAAAGAUCUUUUGCGUUUUAUUUAGCUUGAAAUAUUGAAAUUUCUGAUCCUUUUAAGCUCGACCAUCUGCUCUUUCAUCCAGUUUGAGCUAAUAACUCAACUAACUAAAUUUCGAAUGGAAGAUUGAGCUCUAGUAUCAACGAAAUUUUGUUCCAUUCAAUUAUAUGAGAUCAAAAUCUAGACACUUAUUCUGAUUUAGGAAUCUGUUGGGUACAUCAGUUAGUCUUUUGACAAAAAUUGACUUUUCCUUUGUUGAAAAUCAUCGAUGUUGAUCACUGACAUGAUAUUUAGACCCUCCUAAGUACUUCCAAAUAAAAACGAAUUGACGCUUUGAAAAAGACAAAUUGAUUAAUUUAUGUAUGUCCAGUUGGAAACGGAGUUGACGUUGUGGGGAAACGGCAUAAAAUCUGAGACAAUCUAUAUAAAUAGAAAUAUACAAAAUUUGAAAAGAAAACGGCCAAUAACAUUGAUAAAACACAUGAAUGUUACAUAGAAUUAAAAUGAUUUGAAUUAAUUCACUAUUCCAUUUGCUUCUAAAGAAAAUAAAUAAAAAAACAAUAAGAUAAUGAAGAUAAUUAUUCAAAACGUUGCAGUAAUUUCCUAGCUGCUGCAAGGUAACGAUACAUAUUCAUCACGUCGAUGAAUAAAUGUCAUUUUGUUAAAUAGCGAACGCCGUCUUUUAGAAAGUGUCGUAGUUAGGUGUAUUACAAAUACAGAAUUUUCAAAUAUUAUCUGUUAAUAAGAUAGAGAAAUUUUAAUCUACAAAUUUUCAUGAAAGAAAGCACCGUAUUCGGGGUAUAUAAAUUAAAAAAAAACGACGUGCUUGAAGUGCUAAUCAAUACGAACAUUUGACCACUUCCAAUAGGGUCCUUGCAUACUUUAUUUUUAUAACUCAACCACGUUAAGUAUAUUGUUCUUAAUCACACACUAUUUUUUAUUUUUUUUUAAACGGUAUGAUAGUUCAUAAAAAAAUAAAUUUAAAUACCUAAAUAACGCGCUAAAACGCAUUUGUUGUCACAUAACUGAGUGUGACGUAGAAAGUAAGUAAACAGACUUAAGUGAGGUUAGAGGUGAAUACAGUUUAAACAGAGUUGUUGAGAUUCUUUAAAAAAACACUCGCAUGGCUGUGAGUAUUCAAUUUUGUAGAAUACAAUAUGACGUAUCGUUGGUGCAUUGUAUCAGAAUGUACAAACAUUAGUAUAAAAACAACAAAUAAAGUUUUCAUGCAAGUCCCUCGAGAGGAAAAGCGACGAAAACAAUGGUUUCAAGUUAUAAGAAGUAAUUAUGCGAACGUCCCAAUAAUUUUGGUUUAGUCCAAUAACAGGCCACUUCAGUAGUUGCAGGUUCCUCACUACGUCUGGCACCUACAUAAUAAACGCACGACAUGUUUGCAACCACCUAAAAAAAUUGACAUUAGUAAAAUGAAAAUUUAUAGAAAUUUUCUCUUGUAUACCUAAAGAUGCUGUACAAUCUUCACAUGCUGAUUCAACAAUGCUCUCAUCUUUCUCUUUAAUCUUGAGGGAUACAUUAUAAUACAGAAAGCACCUUCUCGUUUUAAUUGGACGUAUCCAAUGGCAGCAUCCCCAUUGGUGCUUCGACCAGCACUGAAAGAUAAUACAAAUGUUUUAACAUCGAAAGCUUUAAUCAAAACAUAACCUUCAAAGCUAUCAUCUUUCUGAAUACGUUUUAAUAAAGUACAAGCGAAAAAAUGUGAUAACGACGUUACUAUAAGAAAGUCUAAUUAGUAGUACUUAAUUACGUAUCUGCUUUCACUCCACGUAUUUCAGCCGAAGUAAAUAAUUGAUUAUUAGCAAAGGACAUAGUAACCAUGAAUGCAUCUACCUUAGGUAGAUUGUCCGAUCUUGCUUCGAUAAAUUCUAUUUCGGCCAGUAUUUCAAUUAGAAUAGUUUUUAAAACCCUUACAAAAACACAAAUCGCACCAAAUAUCCAAUUACCUCCACUAACAACAAUAGAAUGGUGUUUGAAAGGCGACACGCGGCGACCACGUUUCAAUCUUUACUUACAAGGUGUCCAGAAAGGGUAUCGGGUAUUUGUAAGUUCAAGUAAACAAAAAAUAUUUAUAAGCAAUAAAAACUUUUAUUGUUUUUUGAUACCAUAUGAAUUGGAAAAUAUGAUGUUAUCCAAAUGAUGACCGUUACGUUGCUGGCACUCUUCUAAACGGGAACGAAGACUUGCGAUAACACGUCGACACAAAGCUCUUGAUAUUGCUGCCAUUUCUGACCUGAUGUUUUCCUUCAUUUGGGUUAGGUUCAUUGGAUUAUUUUGAUAAACCUUACUUUUAAGCUAUCCCCAUACAAAAUAGUCAAGCGGGCUAAGGUCGGGGCUUCUGGGAGGCCAGUUGAUGUUACCCCUUCGCGAAAUGACUUUAUUAGGGAAUAAUUCAUUCACAACUUCCAUCGAGUCGUUCGGGGUAUGGCAAGUGGCCCCAUCUUGCUGGAACCACGUUCCUGAAUUGAAACCUGCAAACUCCUGCAACUCUGGGACCAAAAAAUUUCGCAAAAUAUCGCAGUAACUAUUCACAUUGAUUGCUCGGCCUCGUUGAUCUUCAUGAAAAUAAGGACCAAUAAUUCCUUUAGCAGACAUAGCGGCCCAAACAACGACCUUUGGACUGUGCAGGGGUCGUUCAUGCUUUCGUCUCGGAUUCUCGACUGCUCAGUACCGACAAUUCUGCUUAUUAACAUGACCAUUCAGGUGAAAAUUUGCUUCGUCGCCGAACAGUAUGUUUUCAAAGUUGUUAAAUCGCUGCAUCAUUUCGUUCGCAAAAUUCAGUCGAUUAGCAUAGUCCGUAUUCUUCAAUUCUUGAACCAGUUGAAUUUUAUAGGGUUUUAAAUGCAAAUGUUCCUUUAAAAUCAAAUGUAAGGACGAUUUUUUGAUGUUUAACGCUUGGCUUAACUUUCGGAUGGAUAAAAAUGAAUUUCCACGAACCGACGCCUCAACUUCUUCAAUUGUUUCUUCAUCGCGAACUGAACGAGGGCGACCAGAGUUUUGAACUGAACUGUCGCACCUGUAUUAUCGAACAUCCCGAUCCAUUUCCUAAUGCUAUCGUCACUUGGCGCGUGGCGUGUACGAUAUUCCGCACGAUUCAGACGUUGAGCAGUUACUAUUGAAUCACCGUUACGAUAUACGCAAAAUGCGCGAUGCGUCCCUGAGUACUUUUCCAUCGUAACUAAAACUCCACAAAAUGGCGGACGCCACGAACCCCUCCCCGCUCCCUUUCGUCGCGCAAAACGUGGCGCGAAAACAAAUACCCGACACUCUUUUUGGACACCUUGUACUUUCUACGUCACGUAAAUAAGAAGUGAUAUAUAAAUUUUCAAAUUUGUUAAAUACCCAAAUUAUCGACCACUGCAAGGACCCUAUUGUGUUAGUUUAAACUAUUAUAAGGUGCAUCUAGUUUUUUUUUUUAAUUUAUAUACCCUUAAAACGGUGCUUUCAUUCAAAACAUUUUAAUUCUACGUAACAUUCAUGUGUUUUAUCAAUGUUUUUGGGGACUUCUUUUCAAGUUUUGUGUAUGUGUAUUUAUAUAGAUUGUCUCAAAUUUUAUGCCCAUGUCAACUCCAUUUCCAACUGGACAUACAUAAAUUGAUCAAUUUGUCUUUUUCAAAGCGUCAAUUCGUUUUUAUUUGGAAGUACUUAGGAGGGUCUAAAUAUCAUGUCAGUGAUCAUCACCGAUGAUUUUCAACAAAGGAAAAGUCAAUUUUUGUCAAAAGACUAACUGAUGUACCAAACAGAUUCCUAAAUCAGAAUAAGUGUCUAGAUUUGGAUCUCAUAUAAAUGAAUGGAACAAGAUUUCAUUGAUACUAAAGCUCAAUCUUCAAUUCGAAAUUUCUACGAACAGUUAUUAGCUCAAAUUGAAUGAAAGAGCAGCUGGUCGAGCUUAAUAGGAUCAGAAAUGAAAUUAGGAAUCUAAGGAAAAACAGGGAAUUCGAAUUUUAAACUUUAACCUUUAAAAUAAGCUUCUUUGAAUCUUUCUUCGUCAUGUAGGAACCAAGUAAUGGCCGAUAAAGUGAGAAAUAAUAUCAAUUUUGCAUUAUAUUGACGAUAUUUUUUUAAAUAUUAAUUUUUUGCAAAAAACUGUGGAGACCUUUUUUGUACAUCUGUUUAAAACAAAUAUUUUUUUAUUGGAAAUUUUUUUCAUAUCUCUCUUCGUUUAAGGGUUAUAGGUUUAUAAACAAUUGAAUUAUUAAUAACAAACUACUCGAUUUGAGCUCGGCACUCUCGAAAAAUCGAUUCUAAAUACAUAGGAAGCGCUCUAAAACUAAAAUAGAAGUAUGAAACGGCUACGAGACUAUUAUAUAGUUUCCUGUAGAACGCUAAGGUCCUAAUAACUGAAGACUUAUGGAUUUUCACCUGUACUGGUAAAUAUACGGCGUAUAGCACUGAAUUGAAUAUCUUGGGAAUCGUAUUUUUUUGAAAAAAAUGUAAAAAUCGAUCGAUUUUCAUUUGGAGUACAACUUUUGAUCAUAUCCCCAACUCUUUAGUAACGAAUAUCAUUAGAAUGUAAAUAAGGAAAAUACUAAUCGUGGCGUAUUAGUGAGGUUAUUCAAUAUGACAUGUCAUUUGAUAAAAAAAAAAUAA